CUUUCGUUGUGCCACUUUUAAAUUUUGGAGAAUUUUUGUAAUGAAUAAUGGCGGGGUUGUUUAGGAAACGUCAGUUCAAACCAUGGAUAGCUUCGAGUGUCAUUUCCAAAGACAAAAAUUUAAAAUCCAGAGUUGUAAAAGUACUCUGCAGAAGAUCCAAGUCUGCCCAGGGAUCUGUGGUGAUGCUUGUCUCUGAUGGAGAACUCUCCAUUUCUGCCAUUUUCUCAGAAGAAGCUGUAGAUAAUGCGUUAUCUAAUCUGGGUCUUGGACGAGAUUCCAGCUGGGACACAGCUUUAUUGAUCUUACAUGAAUUUACACUGGAACUGAAAAUGAAUCCAGGCCAGCCGGAUGUUGGAGAAUUUGUAUUGUAUGUGGAGAAGUUUAACAUCUGGGAUCUACAGCCGGGAUAUCAUGCAAAAUUUGAUGUCAAAUACUGCAUGGAGCAUAUAAAAGUACGAGAAAUGAUGAUAGAAGAAAUUAGAGACAUGAAAGAGAGGGCAGCUUGUCAGUCCCAGUCUAAUAAAACAGGAAGUAUUGCUCUGACACAGUUGUUGGAUGAGAUGGCAAAACCGUCAGAAAGUUUUUCUCAAUCAGGUUGUGAUGAAAAGGAAGAAGAUUCAGCAAAUUUUACAGCUAAAAAGUGUGUUCCUCUUACGGAGAGUUUGAUGGAGAAAUUGAUACAGCCAUUUACAGUUGAAGAAUUUCUCAUACCGCCUUCACAAGCUACAGUUCUACAAAAUUUACCAGAAUGGAAGCCCGACUAUCAGCCACCAUCCUCGGUAGAGCUGGAGGAAGACUUGCUCACUGUCAUUGAUCAACAGUUUGAUGUUUGUGCAGCCAACACUUUGUGUAGUCCUCCAGAAAAUGUCAAAGAUAAAGCUGCAAACCUUGAGAGAAGUAGCAGAGAAGCCAGCCAAGAUGUAAUCUACCUGGGAAUAUCAGUAACCCCACCUGAACAUCCAGAUACAGAAGAAGCAAAAUCCGGCAGACGGUCACCUUGUCCUGUCAACGUACUCUUCAAACAUAGCAACAUGGAUUCUCAGUCACAAGGAACAUCGUCUCAAUGGCAAGAAGAGGUAGAUUCUGUGAGGUUCAGUUUUGAGGAGGACUUGUGUACAACUGCCACUCCAGAAAGUCAAGAGGAGUCACAAAGCCAAGUACAUGUAGGAACUUCUGAUAGAUUAUGUAAACAUGUGGGAACUGUUGAGAAAUCCAGUAAGCAGGUUGCCAAGGAAACUGAUGGGGUAAAAGACUGUAGAGCUCUAACUGGGGCAAGUUUAGAGAAAGAUUCUUGUAAAUUUGUAACGGAAGAAAUUCUCAAGGAAAAAUCUUGUUCAGCUGUAAGUGAGAAAGGUCUAGAAAGAACAGGUGCAUCAUCUAUCAAGGAAACUGAAGUUGUGAAAACUGCCAUAUCUGUAACAAAGAGAGUAGAGAAAUUGGGUAUGUCUUUGAAUCAGGCAAGUGCAGAGAAAAGAUCAGAUAAACUUGAAAGUAAGAAAAAUAAAAAGGAAAUAGAUGAUCUUCAUCUAACAAAGGAAUGUGGUGAGGAAAGAAACCAUACAGUUGUUACAAAGGGAAUAUCAGAGAAGGAAGGUGAUCAAAUUGUUACGAAGGAAAUGAAAAAGGAGAAUCCGGAUGCACUUGUCACAAAGGAAUAUGGUGAGGCAAGAGACAGUACAGUUGUUAUAAAGAUAAUUUUAGAGAAGCAAGUUGAUAACUGUGUUACUAAGGGAAAAGAAAAGGAUGCACUUCUAACAAAGGAAUAUUCAGAGGAAAGUCUUGACUUAGGGUCACCAAAUGCUCAGAGCACUCAGAUUAAUGAGGUAGAAGAUAUAAGCACUAAAGGCAGUCAUAGAAACAUUGCAGAAAAGGUUGAAGAACUUCUUGAUAAUACCGAAGAAAAUGAAAAUGAUUUUCAGAAUAGAACUAAAACAAACUAUUCAGAAAUUGAAAGUGUAAGUCAAAGUUUAUUACUGGUUGAAUCUGCUGAUAAUGUUUUAGAAAGUCAGGAUAAUAAUAAUUUAAAAAUGUAUCAGAGGAAUGUAACUCAUAUAACAGCUGUUAAUGUUGAUUCUUCAGUGUUGGUUAAAGAUGAAAAUGUUGAUUCUGAGUAUGAAGCUAAAAUAGAUACUAGUCAGGGGAAUGCAUCUAACUCUUCUUUGUCUGAUGCAGACAAAUCUAUAAUGUUGAAUUACUAUUCACAAAAUUCUAGUUCACCCAGUCACAGCUGGAAUAAUGUUCUGUUACGACUGGCUGAGAAGAAGAAAAGAUUGGAAGCUCUAAAAUACAUUACAAAUCGAAUAUCUAUUACAAUUGAUGAACAUGACAAAGAAGAGGACACUGAAACUGAGAAAACUUGGAAUAAUGAAAGUUUUUAUGGUUACAUCAAGGAAGAAAUAAUUAGAGAUGUAAAUGGUUUAUGUUCUGAUGUUGGAAAAAGUGAAGAGAGUUUUAAUAGUUACAUCAAGGAAGAAGUGAUCAGAGAUGUAAAUGAUUUAUGGUCUGAUGCUGGAAGAAGUGAAGAGCCAGCAUAUAAAGACACAGAGGGAAGGCUAGUCAUGGUAGGCGAAGACAAUAGUAAAAGUAAUAGUGAAAACCUGUCAAAUCAAACAGAAAAUGUCACUAAAGGAGAUAGUGGAGAUAACAAAGUGCUUGAAGGAGGAGAUGAAGAUUUUCUUGGUUUUGAAGAUGUGGGCACUCUCUGUGUUGAGAGCAAAGGUAUAUUGGAAGAAACAUAUAAUGGUGAUCAGUCAGAAAUGGAUACUGUAGACACUACUGAUACAGGUUAUCCUAUAGCUAGUUUAACAUUGCAAGAAAGUAAUGAAGAAAAUGAUAGCUGUUUGUUGCCAUCCGACAAUGUCCUAGAACAAACUGACUUGGAAGCAGUUAACAGAAUCCAUUGUGAAAAUAUUGCAAAAUAUACCAAAGCACAUACAAGAGAAGAAACAGACCAGGAAUCAGAUCAGUCAGACAUUGAAAUAAUUGGUCAUUCUCAUUCUCAUCAAAGAUGUACAAGUUACAUGAAAAAAGAGACAAAUGCAGUGUCAAAAGAAAUUACUUCCAUGAAAGGAGUAUUGAACCCUUGUGGCAAAAUUAAACAGGAAACUUUAAAUCAUAACCCUUUAGCUCCUUUGUACUUUGAGACUGAAUCUGGAAGUACAAGAAGAUCAAAAAGACUGUAUGCUAAAGUUAUUUCAUGUAGACAGAAAGAUAGUGUAAUAAAUUCUGCAAAUAUGGAAAAUAGUUCUGCUGUGUCUUCCAGGAUUAAUGAUAACUCAGAAAACAGUAGAAAAAAGAUAAUCGAGAGGGGGACAGUGUUGGUUGAUGAUGGUGUUGUGGUAGAAAGACAAAUAUCAAGACAACAAGAUAAACAAACAGACUGUGUGAGUAACCCUAAUGCCGAAUCAAAUCUUGAUGCAAAUAAAGAAACUGUUGUAGCAACUGAACCUGUAUGUGAAGAGGAAGCAAAUAAAAAAAGUGCCAAGAAGACAGUAAAUGAAGAUUGCAGUGUUCAGAAAUAUAUUGGCUUGAAAUCACAAAGUAAUGCUAAUUUUACAAGCCUCAGGACUGGACAAGUUAAAGAUACAUAUAAUGCAGACAGUAGUAAACAAAAAGCAACUGUAUGGACAAGAAUAAAUGAGAAUAUUUUGAAAAAUGUUUCAGAGACAACUGAUACAAAGUGGAACUUUAAAAAAGAUGUUCGCAUAAUGCUAGAAAGAUGUGACCAACAGGAGAACAGUUAUAUGAAGGGGAAUAAAAGAAGAAGACGAAGUAGUUUUGGAAGUUGUUACAAAUUGUCAAAGAGUGGAAACGCCUUACAAAAACCAUUGGUGGAUGGAAACCAGUUAAAAAGACCAUCAGUGAGUGAAAAGGUACUAUCUCCAGAGAAGGCAUCUGAAAAACCGAUGGAGGGCAGAAACUCAUUGCUGAAAACAAAAGUUAAAGGUGGAAAAGUUUUUAGAAAAGAGAGUGCCGAGACAGUAUGCAGCAUGGCUGUUAAUUUUCACUGUGCAUGCUGCGGAUCAGAAGAGAAAAUUGAAACAGGAAAGUGUUCAGCAAGACUGUGAUAAAGCUGUAA